GUUCCGUAGCCACUCCAAUUGCUUCGCUGCUCAGCAUUCGACUUCGCAGUCUGACAUAUCAAAGUCUAAACAGCAACAAUGGCGUUCCGCUCCUCCCUCCGUCGCAUUGCCCUGGCCCGCCCCGCCUCCGUUGCGCGUGGCUUUCACUCGACGCCCCGCGCCCUCGUCAAGAAGGGUGACGAGAUCCCCAGCCUUGAAGUGUUCGAGAACUCGGCUGGCACCAAGGUGAACCUGGCCGAAGAGUUCCAGAAGGGCAAUGGAUACAUUGUUGGCGUUCCCGGAGCCUUCACCGGCACUUGCUCCGGCACUCACAUUCCGUCGUACAUCAACCACCCCAACCUCAAGAAGGCCGGCCAGGUCUUUGUCGUUGCUGUCAAUGACCCCUUUGUUAUGAAGGCUUGGGCAGACCAGCUGGAUCCCGCUGGAGAGACUGGAAUUCGGUUCGUGGCCGAUCCCACUGCUGAAUUUACCAAGGCCCUUGAUCUCGGAUUUGACGAGGCUGCUGCCAUUUUUGGAGGCGUCCGAAGCAAGCGCUAUGCCUUGAAGGUGGAGGACGGCAAGGUCACCGCCACCUUUGUCGAGCCAGACAGCACUGGCACUGCCGUGUCAAUGGCCGAGCAGGUCCUCAACUAAAAGGGGAAUCGAGUGGAAGAAAAUAGGCCAGCUUUAUAGUACAUGCAUGGCAUAUUAGGCGACGAGGUGCAGUGUUAGCGAGGUCAAGGGACAUGGUGCUUACUGCACAUCGGAAUCUACUAAAAGUGUCGCAUUUUCUCAUCCAUAGCAGCGGAGACCUGGAGCAAUCUAAUCGGUUCCUGAUGACU